CUCGUUCUGGCUGUUUCCAUGCCAAUUGCACAAGUUUGUUAUUCUGAUUUUCCAUCAGAAAAACCAAUUUUGAUGUAGAAAAUAAUAAAUCAUUUCUACUUUGAAGGCGUAAAAAUGCCCGAAGAACAAAUCCCAGCUGAAGAUAGGCCAUCGUCAAGUUCUUCCUCGGAAAUCGUAUCCAACGAACCUACUUUGAGAGAAAAUCAGGAGGAGCAACCGAACAACGCAAAUGAGCAGGAAAAUCAAUUUGUUACCCUCCGAAAUUUAAUGAACCGAAGUCGAGCUGGCCGAAAUGGAAUUCGAUCGCACACGGCACAUUUCCCAACAGAACGAUCGUUUGUUCCGGUACCCAUACGCUACUAUCCAAUCGUGAUACCUGCCGAGCCUACAAUAGAAGAUUUGUUGCGUCAGGCUGCCGGAGACAAUGAAUUGCACCGUGUAACCGAAAUUAAACUCAAGGUAAUCUCGCACAUGACCAGUUUGCAGAGAAUACCAUUUUUCAUACCGAAUCUCAAAUCGCUCACGUUGGAAGGAAGUAUCGUGACGACCUUGAGAGAUUUGGGCUGUGAUAUGACGUCACUUGUUUAUCUCAACGUUAGCAGAUGUAGUCUGAAAAAUUUGGAUGGAACGAGUGGAUUAGAGACACUGGAAGAGCUGGUUGCUGAUUAUAACCAGAUUCAGGAGGUUGGUCCCUGCACGAAUUUAGUGAUGGUCAAAAAGAUCAGUUUAAAAGGUAAUCGAAUUACAGACCUCGGUAGCUGCACUUUCUUGGCACUGUGUGAAAAUCUAGAAAUUUUGGAUUUACGAGAAAAUUUUGUCUCCGAGCACCCUUCGUUGCGCUUAACGCUAAAGGAAAAUAUUCCACAACUUCGAUGUUUGAACGAGAUUCAUUUUUCUGAAACAACCAACGAUGAAAGUUCGGAUUUAUCUAGUUUGGAGAUGCAACCCGGUUCUGGGCCGAACGCGAUUGAAGACCAACGAGGCCCAUGGGAAUACAAUACCAUAGGGGAUGGAAUGUGGAACGAACGUUCUCAUCGGCCGACCACAAGCCAUCAGGAAAGAGCUGUCACUGUUGAAUUGUUGGACACCGUGCGACCUGCGACUGCCGAUGCAACUAAAAUAAAAAGCCAGCUUACCUCUGGUGAACCAUUGUGUGGCACUGUAGUUACAAAAGCUCGUCGUACUCGUCGCCAGCGAACCGCGUGGGGUGAGUCAACCUCAUGCUCGAGCAUGAGUAGUUCGGAUUCAUCAUAUUCUAGGGAGUUUCUUGAUCGAUUGCCUCAGAACAAUAUUGACCUUGAACUGGGAGUUAUUGGAGAUGACAAGUCUUCGAUAAAGCAUGGAGAUGAUUCACAAAGUUUGCUUCGAGCUGCUCGCUUGUGGCGCCAAAGAUCCCUACAGACUCGGGAGUCUAUUCGGGAACAAGACAAACUUGCACGUCAUACAUCCGAAGAGUAAAAUUGUUUCUUGUUAUAUUCAAAGGAUUCAAAGUUGUAAACUGCGAUUUGUACAGUUUUUUCAGUAACCUUGAAAUUAAGAUAAAUAGCUAAGGAGUAGUUUUGCUUCUCAUUGAAAAUCCAAAACCUUAUUUACGGUACUUAAUUUAUGUUAGUUUUUGUCGAUUAUAGAAAUGUUUAACGUGUUUUCCUGGAAAUUUAGAAGGUGUGUGCCUUGCCAUGAUUUCUCAUCAUUUUCCUGAGAAUUGGAAUUAAACACAUGAUUCAAACUUCAAAUAUUUUACUUGUCGAAUACAAAACAUGUCAAACUCGAAAGUUUCAAGAACCAAUACUAUUAUCAACCAUUUAGUUCACGUGAAUUAGUUUCGAAACUAAACUGGCAUACAUUCUAGUGUUCCGAACAUGGUUAAUUAAGGGAAUUUUAGUGUUUUCAUGUAUUUGAAAAAGCUUACUAAUAUUUCAAUAUUUUGUGGCAAACGACUCGCGUUCGAAUACAUUCGAGUGAAAAUGAGAAUGGCUUGUUUGUAUUCAUUCGAAAGUAUGUAUUCGUCGAAUGGUCGAUACGGACGUAAACAAGAAUGAUGAUACAAAAUCAAGCCAAACAACAAAUGAGAUGUUAAAUUUUUCAUUAGAACUUAAGUCUGUACCAGAACUUAUGAUUUAAAGUUAGAUUGACGUUGUUCUUAUAUACUUUAUGUUUCGUCUUUGACCCCUCAGUACAUAACAGUUUAUGUUGAACUGUUUUGUUACCCAGCAGUUCAACAUAAACCGAUAAGCUGUUGCUGUUCUUAUGUAUAUACGAUGUUUGAAAGUGUGAUUGAAUUGAACAUUUGAACGAAUUUGACAUACUUUCGAACGUAUCACAUACGGCCGUAAACAGGAAUGAGGGUGAAUAUAAUACAAAUAGUUAAUAGGUUAAUAGAGAAAAAUUGUAUUUUUAUUAUUUUUUGAAAACAUUCAAUACCUUCAAUACCACUUUUCUCGAGAAGGUAUUAGUUUAGUAUUCUUAUUUUUUGAUAUGUUGUAACUGACAACUGAUGAAGCUUAUUGCACUAUGGGUAAAAAAGGAAGAAUUAAGGACGAAAAUGUUGACAUUUUUAUUUCUCAAAAAUGUGGAUUUUUUUCAA